AUGCAAGGUCGAUUUCGUGGUAGAAAGGGUGGGAAAACCCAAAAUAUGCUAGGUGCUGUUGAUUUUGAUAUGAAAUUUACAUAUGUGUUGGCUGGUUGGGAGGGUUCUUCUCAUGACUCAAAGGUCUUGCAAGAUGCGCUCAAAAGGGGAUUUAAGGUUUCUAAAGGAAAGUAUUACCUUGCUGAUGCGGGGUAUGGUGAACGUAAAGGAUGCAUGCCUCCAUAUAGGCGUAUUCGCUACUACUUGAAAGAGUAUACCAACAAUCCACUCGAGAAUGAACUUUAUCUUUUUAAAGAUAACAUUUUCAGUGAUUAUGUAUUUUCAGUGAUCAGUAGUGAUGCUGUAAAUAAGGCAUUUGCUGACUCUCCAAUUGAAGUUGCUGAUAACACAUCAGAAAGUUCUGGUGCUACCUAA